AUGAAGAUCGUCAUCAUUGGCGCUGGCAUCGCUGGAUGCGCAGCAUACCUUGAAUUGCGCAAGCACCUUCCACCCUCAGAAGCAGACCAUGAGAUCAUCAUCUAUGAGGCAUAUAGUACCGACUUGAAUGUGACUUCAAAAGAGAGGGAGCAGAAACAAGAAGACAACACUCAUUCCUCCACUCUUCUCGUGGGUGGUGGUCUCGGCAUUGCCGCAAAUGGUCUCAACGUUCUACGACGCCUAGAUGAGGACCUAUUGAAGGACGUUGUGCGUAGCGGAUACGCUGCUUCGACGUUCAACAUGAAGAGCAAGAAUGGGUGGUCCCUUGUGUCUAUGGACGCUACUGGUCUCGCCUAUUCAGAGAAGCAACGCAUGCAUAUGGUAGCCGCCAGUCGACAUUCUUUCUGGCAAGCCUUGCGGUCACGAGUCCCGGGUGAACAUAUCAUCAACAAGCGUAUUUCGGAAGUGAUUGCUAAAUCAGAUGGCAAGAACUUAAUACACUUUGUUGAUGGCAGCCCCUCAGUGGAGGCAGACCUGGUCAUCGGUGCUGAUGGCGUUCGAAGCACCGCCAAGCGGGCAAUUUUCCCGGAAGCCAAGGAAGACCCUUACCCGCCGAAUUACGAGGGUCUUGUAGGUGUUGGAGGGUUCAUUCCAGCUGCAGAUGUGAAAGGCCUUGUCGAUAAAGGUUCCAUGAACUUCAUUUUUGGAGGAAAUGGAUUCUUUGGUUACUUUUAUUCAGAAAGUGACCCCUCUGAUCCCAAUCAUGACUCUCCAUAUCACGUCUCUGAGCCAGGUGACUCGCUGGCAUGGUGGUCCACUUAUGAGAUCGAGAGCUGUCCGGAUCGCAAGACCCUCGACAUGGACGACGUCACUCGUCAACUACGUGAGAGGCACUCGCAAUGGAAAGACCCCGUCGUCGAAAAAGUCAUCCAAUCUCUCAAGGUCGAGAGCAUGUAUCCAACAUGGACUAUUCCUCCUCUUCCGACAUGGGAACGAGACGGCGUUGUUCUGGUGGGAGAUGCAGCCCAUGCACUUCCUCCAAGCUCGGGACAAGGCUCGUCGCAAGCUUUGGAAGAUGUCGAGGCCUUUGUGCUUCUUUUGUCGCACUACCUUCGCCAAAACGAUCAUAAGGAGGAUGUGCUGGAAAUGAACACCCAGAAAGAGGUUAUCAAGAGAGCGGCUAGUCAGUAUAUGGCUUUGCGAAAGCCGCACGUCACCGAGAUCUUGAAGCAUGCUCAGCAGACUCAGAGCAAGAAACGUGACAUGGGCGUGAUCCAAGAGUACUCAAUGUAUACUUUCUUGAAGAUUAUGGGACUGUUUCCGAGUCUCAUGGCUGGCCAAUUGCAGAAAGUGAUAAAUUACAACAUCGCCGAAGAAGUAGCCAAAAUUACUGGUUCUCGUCUUUGA